AUGAGGAGUUAUUGUCACCAGGCAUCUGCUAAGUCUAUUAGGGCAACAUCAAAUCGUGGGUUGCGUCUGGUCAGACUGAAUUCCAUCGUUUACAAAGCAUCACCGCCAGUUAAUCGAAGUCUCGCACCAUGGAUAAAGGCUAUCGAACCAUACUCCCCAGAAGCGACCCGACUCCAGACCAAGCCGACGGGACAGAUGGCAAUAUUGCAUCAAGCUGGGGCCGGGCUGGACCAACGCAAAGAGCUGCCAAAUUGGCCGCGGCUUGCGAGCCAUGUCGCCGGCAAAAAUUGCGAUGGGAAACGGCCAUCGUGUUCGCAUUGCGACCAUCACGGCAUGCAGUGCGAAUACAUAACCGACGCUGGAGAAAGUCGUUCUUCGGCAUUUAAGCGGAAAUACAAUACAAUUGAAGAGGAACUUAAUACGUUGCGGAGACUUUUCAGCUACAUCCAAGAUCGUCCCCAAUCAGAGGCACAAGGCAUCAUGGCUCGCCUUCAAUCUUGCAAGGAUCCAGCUGAAUCACUGCAACACUUUGUCACCGAGACUUCUGAGAGCUACAGCGUCGGGAGUGUUGGGAGUGAGGGAGACUUCGUAGGAGUGCAGGUAUCCCAGACCUUUAGUACUGAUCCUUCUCAGUUUGUAAUAGAUCCGUCCCUAUUAAAGUUGCCGGUCAAGGUUCCAGCCCGUCCCUGGACUACCGUUGCUGGAAACGAUGCGGUAUCGGAAAUAAUAUCUCAGUUUUUUAUUGAUGGGCGACCUCUGGCUCUGCCCAUCGUAAACCACAACAAGUUUGUAGAAGAGAUGAACCUGGGUGAUCCCAAGUCCGCUAGUUGUUGCAGCCCUCUUCUUGUAAACGCAAUAUGCGCACAGCAAUUAGACGCCGAUUUGUGGACGGUUUCGCGGCAGGAAAUGGGUCAGCGCUUUUUGAAUGAGGCGUAUAAACUGUUGAGAGAGACCACCAGCCGGGUCAGUCUUCCGCUGGCACAAGCAGUAAACUUGUUGUAUCAAGCAGAGCUUGCAAAGGAUAUCUUCAGCAUCGCCAGCGAAACGGCCCCGCUCAACUGA